UUCGUAUACAAAUGGUAUAGACUCGCUUCUCUCUCUCUUGCCCGCAUCGCCUUUUGAAGGCUUUCUCAUGUCUUCAUGAAUUCCAUCCUUUCUUUCUCUCAAACCCUAGAUCAGGGCAUGGCCGUCGCCUCUGAAAUGAAGGAGAAGAUCGAGUCCCCGCACUCCAUGGAGCUCGCUCCUUCUUCGCCCUUCCCAUCAUAUUCCAGUGCCGAUCCUGACGCUAUUGUCGAUCCCAAUCCCGAUCCCGAUCCCGAUCCCGAAACCUCCUCCCUCAUUUCCGCCGCAGCAAUGCCAGGAGUCGGCGAUCUCUCAGACCGGAGGGAUCAAUCCGAUCCGUCCACUAACCUGCCCGGGGAUGACGAAAUCCAAUCUCAAUUGGCGUUGAGAAGUGAAGAGUAUCGAUUACUGUUUCAUCUCCCACCGGAGGAAGUCCUUGUCCAAGAUUUCAAUUGCGCCCUGCAAGAGAACAUUCUUCUUCAGGGUCACAUGUACUUGUUUGUCCACCAUAUCUGCUUCUACUCCAACAUAUUUGGAUUUGAGACAAAGAAAACCAUCCCUUUUAAUGAAGUCACAUUUGUACGGAAAGCAAAAACAGCAGCUAUCUUCCCUAAUGCCAUAGAAAUUGUUGCUGGGGAGAAGAAGCACUUUUUUGCAUCGUUCUUCUUCCGUGACGAAGCUUACCGGCUCAUUGUAGAUGGAUGGUCACAACAUAAUACUGGUGCUAAUUCUGUCAUAGAUCGUCAGGAGUCAAAGCCUGAUACAAGCAGCCAAGACAAUGGUCUUGUUUUAUUUGAAAUAUUCAAGAGCUUCAGGCGUCCGAUUAAUGACAUCUGUUCUGUGGACAGGGUCGGUGAUGCUUAUGUUUCAGAAGAAAGUAAAUGUUCAGAAGAAUGUAAACGUUCAGAAGAAAGUAAACGUUCAUCCAACAGUGAAGAUGACUUAGGUGUAUCAAUAAAGCUUUCAGAAUUACAUGAGAAUGGAGCAGAAAAUGCUGAGUGUUCAUCUCAUGGAGAGUCUCUGAUUUGGAAGGUGGAGGAUGUUGAUGCCCCAAAGAUACCUGAAUACUAUACAAUCGUUGCUGAGUCGAAGUUUCCGGUUCAGGUAGAGGAGUUCUUCAAUCUCUUUUUCUCAGAUGAAGCCAUCAACUUUGUUGAAACGUUUCAUAAUAGAUGCAGAGACAAAGAUUAUCGUUGCACUCCAUGGAAUGAGCAUGAGCAGUAUGGACAUUCCCGUGAUGUGUCAUUCCAGCAUCCUAUCAAACUAUAUUUUGGUGCAAGAUUUGGUCAGUGUCGGGAGGUACAGAAAUUUCGAGUCUACAGAAAUGGCCAUUUAAUUAUUGAGACAUCACAAGAAGUUAAUGACGUGCCAUAUGGGGACUACUUCCGUGUAGAGGGGCUUUGGGAUGUCGAGGAAGAUGACAAUGGAAGUGGCUCUUGUAUUCUACGAGUGUAUGUAAAUGUGGCAUUUUCAAAGAAAACCAUGUGGAAAGGGAAAAUAGAGCAAUCGACAGUGGACGAGUGCCGGGAAGCCUAUGCAGUUUGGAUCAGCAUCGCAUAUGAAUUACUGAAGAAGAAGCAGACCAUUGCAAUAUCUGAAGGGGCUGCAAGUGAUGCUGCCAAUGCAGUGCAAAAUAAUGAUGAUGGGCUGGAAAGUUCCACAACACUUGAGAGACCUUCAGCAAGUACAAGAGCUCUUCCACAUAGAGCAUCUGAUACUGAGGAUGUUAUCCCACAGACUGAAAAUCCUGUUAAAGGAGGCCUGAGCGAUUUCACCUCAAUGGUAUCUUUAUUCAGAGAAUCAUGGGCAUCCUUUUGUUUGUAUCUGAAAAAUCAAAGCCACUUCCCCGUAAUGGUAGUGAUCGCAUUUGUUUCCAUCUUCAUCCUAAUGCAGCUGAGCAUCAUUGUUCUACUGACAAGAACCCCAGAAGUCCACUUAAUUUCUCAAGAGAAUAUCAUGGGCAGUCUAGCUCCCGACAGGACAGAGACUGUAGCAUGGUUGGAGAGACGUGUUCACCACCUCAAGGACGAAAUGUUGAUGGUUGAAACUCGGCUGGAAAAUAUGCGCCAUGAAUACAUAUUGUUAAAGACGUAUCUACAGAGCCUUGAAAAUUUCAAGCCAAAAUCAUGACUGGCAUAAAAACCUUUCAUGACAAGAACAUGUAACCUCAGAUAUUGCAGUGCGGUGAUACGAGUGAUUCUUUUGCGGAAAUUGGCAAGAAUGAGGCCCGCCGUAGUCAAAAUUUCCAUGAGUGCCCUGAUUUUACAAGAAUACAAAAUAGCAAGAAUAUAGAAUGUUGGUGUAUGUGUUUUCCUGGAGGAUCUGAUUUUCCAGCCCUUACGAAGAGGGAACUACGGGGUUGCAAAAUAAAAUAAAAUUAUAUGGUUGCCUUCUUUCCCACCAUUUGUUCAAGUGACACGUAUAUAUACAUAAUGCAACAGUUGAUCAGGUGACCCAUGACAAAAAUGGGGCAGAGAUAAAAAUAUAAAGCAUCGGACUGCUCAUCUGAUUGGUAUGAUUUUCAACCUGUUGAAUGUGGUUCAAUGCAAUUUAUUUUUCUUGAAA